AUGCGCGACGCUACGACCGCACUUACUGACUUGGCGCAGCUUGCCGGGGAUAGAACCGUCGGGGGUGAAACAAGCAGGUGUGAUGCUGCGGCAUGCGAAGCUGCAACGAUAGUGACUGCUGCAUCCGACAAUCUCGCAUUCGAGGCUUCAACAUACUGCGCUAUAGGAUCUGCUAGUUUCGCUUCCGCAGCUGCAGGUUCGGAUGAUGCUGCAGGAUCGGAUGAUGCUGCAGGAUCGGAUGAUGCUGCAGGAUCGGAUGAUGCAGCAGCAUGCGAUGCUGCAUCCGACAAUUUCGUAACCGUGGCUUCCGCAUCCUGCGCUGCAGGUUCUGACAGUUCCGCUUUCGAAGCUUCAGAGUCGGACGGUUCGGCAUUUGAAGCUGCAGCAUCAAAAGCUUUAGCAGCAUCAAACGUUUCGGAAUGCGACGCUUCCAGAUGCGACAAUUCAGCAUACGACGCUUCAGCAUGCGACGCUUCAGCAUACGACGCUUCAGCGCCCGACACUCCUGGAGCAUCUGACGUCACCGCCGGCAGCUCUAGCAGCAGUGUAGCUGCAGCGAUGGGUGGGGGAACAAGAUUGGUGCUGCUGUUGGAACUCGCACGCUGCAGGCACGACUUUGCCUUUUUCUCGCCGUUCCUCCAAAAGCUAAGCGCAGAAACAAAUGAAGGGUAG